AUGGAGCCUCUUGCAUUAUUUCUUUUCUCCAUCAUCUCCCUUAGCACUUUCUCAUCUCAUGCUUCUCAACUCACUUACACAGAUCAUUGUGCUUCUGUUGUUCCAAACUCAACCCCCAAUGAGUCCAAAUUCAAAGACUUCCCACAUGGUCCAUUCCAAGUGGCUUACUACCUUGGUGGUGACACAAUCGUUGGUGCUGACACUUUCCAGAAACUGAGACAGAAACAAGCUACCCUUCGAUUCAAGAAUGUGUAUGAAACCGAUGUCUUUGGCAUACACAAAGUUGGACUUACCUUGAUAGUCAGAAGUGCCAGCUCCUAUUACCGUGUGGGAAACUUCACGCGUGGGAAAAGAUUGAAGAAUCGUAAGCGUUUUCCAAGCUCAGUAACGUUUACUCUUGAUGGGUUUUGGUCAGAAUCUUCUGGGAUGAUUUGCAUGGUUGGAGCAGGAACUGGCUAUAGCAUGCAACGAUUGGAGGUUGUUCUCAAGCUUUACAAUGUUGUUAAUUCGAGGAAUAAUAUUUCUACUCUGGUUACUGGAAGCUUGGAGAGUUUGAGUCCUCGGCAUGAGGUGAGUUAUUUCGAACCCAUCUCUUUGUUUAUUUUUCCAAGAAUGGAUUAUGACUUUAGUUUGGAUACAAAAGAAGCAAAAAAUGAGUAUUCCGAUGAAGGUGAAGUAGUACCUGGUUUAUCUAUUAAUCCGGCUAGUUUUUGCUCAAACAUUUCUCCAAUGAUUAAUGGAAAAUUUGAUCUGCAAUACCAAAGUGAGUGCAGCUCUGCAAAGAAUUGCAGUCCUGUUGGGGGGGAUGCAAACCAAUUGCCCUAUAUUAUGUCUCUGAAAGAAUUGGUUUGUUUAGAUGUUAAGCAUAGGGUGAGAGUAUUGAUUGGGUUUCGUAGUAGUGGUGGUGCUAGAUGGUCUUUCAAUCCUAAUGCUACCUUAGUUGGAGAAGGGUGGUGGGAUGAGGAAAUGAACCAACUUUACAUAGUUGGUUGCCAUUUCUUGGGAAUGGAAGAAUCAAUGGCAAAUGUUCAUGUGGGUAAUUGCUCAACUAGAAUAAGCUUGAGGUUUCCAAAGAUUUGGUCGAUGAAUGACGCAAGUAGCAUUGUAGGCCAGAUUUGGAGCAACAAAACUGUGGGGGACUCAGGUUAUUUCAAGAGGAUUGUUUUCAGAAGUUUUCACAACAGUGGAGUUGAAAUUUCUGGCACAAAGUAUGAAUAUUUGCUACUUGACAGAGUGAGAAAGAUGUGCCCAAGACAAGAACCUCAUAAGAACAAGGGAUUGAGGUAUCCAGAUGUUUAUUCUUCGGACAUGAGAUUUGACAUGUCAGUUAGAAUCUCUAAGAGGAGAGUGGCAUGGGGUUAUUCUGCUCCGUUGGUUGUCAAUGAUCAGAUCCAAGAGUUGAAUUCAGAGGGAACCUUUACUUCUAAUUCCAGCUAUACAAUCCCAUCUAAUUCUUCAAAUUCACACAGCAAUGGCUUGUACAAUGUUAGCUACAGAAUCAGCAUGAAUCUACUACCUAAUGCCAGGUUAGGUGCACAGAAGUCUAUGUUAAAUACAACAACAAAUGUGACUGAGGCAAUGAAUGUUUCAGCUGAGGGAAUUUAUGAUGCUGAAUCUGGAAGCUUAUGUAUGGUAGGUUGCAGAAGUCUUGGCUCAAAUAACGAAAUACCAUCCACAAAUUCUUUGGAUUGUGAGGUUAUGGUCAAGUUUCAGUUCCCACCACUUGAUACAAACAAAAAUGAAGAUUACAUUAAAGGAAGUAUAGUAAGCACACGAGAAAAUUCAGAUCCUCUUUACUUCAAACAACUGGAUUUGACUUCAGCUGCAUUUUACACGGCAGAAGCAUCAAGAACCUUAAAGAAAGUAGAUAUGGAGGUCAUAAUGAUUCUAGUUUGCACAACACUAGCAUGUGUAUUUCUGGGUUUGCAACUCUACCAUGUGAAAAGAGAUCCUGAUAUGGUUUCCUCAAUCUCCUUUCUCAUGUUAUUGAUUCUUACUUUGGGAAAUAUGGUACCCCUUGUUCUGAACUUUGAAGCACUAUUUGCACAAAAUCAUGACAAGAAAAGCAUUUUGCUUGGAAAUGAAUUGCUUGAAGUAAAGGAAAUUUCUGUAAGGCUAAUUGUAAUGGUGGGUUUCUUGUUGCAACUCCGUCUCUUGCAGCUAAUAUGGUCAGCAAGAAAGAAUGAUACAAAACAAAUGGAGCUUUGGAUUGCUGAGAAGAGGGUUCUCUGUGUGAUUUUUACCUUACAUGCAGCAGGGUUCUUGAUUACAUUUCUUGUACACCAAAACAAUACCCUUCAUGAACUUCAGUCCUUUUGGGAGAACUUGAAAUCUUAUACAGGACUGGUACUAGAUGGCUUUCUCUUGCCUCAAAUUUUGCUAAAUUUGUUAAGGAAUUCCAAGGGAAAUGCUCUUUCUUGUUCAUUUUACUAUGGAAUCAGUUUGGUCAAAGCAAUUCCCCAUGCAUAUGAUCUCUUUGAGGCUCUUGUGUAUGUGGAUGGCUCAUCCUUAUAUGAGGAUGAAAUUGCAGACUAUUACUCCACUGCUUGGGAUAUAGUCAUUCCUCUGGUGACCCUUUUGUUUGCUGUAAUCAUACAUUUGCAGCAACGCUUUGGUGGUUGCAUCAUUAUUUCUUGGAGAAUAAAGGGCAAAGAAGAAUAUGAAAAGGUGCCUGUGCUGACUGAAAGAUAG